UCCAUCAGCAGCAGAGUGGCGCAGUGGAAGCGUGCUGGGCCCAUAACCCAGAGGUCCGAGGAUCAAAACCUCGCUCUGCUAGUAAUUUUUUUUUUCAAAACAGCACAGAUACUUAAUAGUUCUAAACUUUCCACACUUAAUAGAACAGAAUUAUUUGGGAGGGACUCAGCUUUUUUUCCUUUUGGAAAGAGUUUUAAAUAUAAACGGAGCUGACUCUAAAUAUACAAAUAUUCAAAGUAAAAUGGACGCAAGAAAGGCGGGCAAAUCUUGUGUUCGCCAGGCUUUUACCCAUCAGCAGCAGAGUGGCGCAGUGGAAGCGUGCUGGGCCCAUAACCCAGAGGUCCGAGGAUCAAAACCUCGCUCUGCUAACGACUUUCCUUUUUGUCAAAAUGGCAUAGAUACUUAUUAUUUCUAAACUUUCCAUACUUAAUAAAACAGAAUUAAUUGGGAAGGACUCAACUUUUUCUCCUUUUGGAAAGGGUUAUAAAUAUAAAUGGACCUGACUCUAAAUACACAAACAUUCAAAGUGAAAAUGUACGUCUCUGGGACUAAACGUUUCAAAACAAAAAAAGCAAGUGGGUGAGUCAAAGCUAAACGUAAUGAAUGAAUGACGAUUCAAUCUUUUUGUUUCCCUAUGUUUUACCUAUCAGUAGCAGAGUGGCGCAGUGGAAGCGUGCUGGGCCCAUAACCCAGAGGUCCGAGGAUCAAAACCUCGCUCUGCUAAUAAUUUUUUUUUGAAUAACACAGAUACUUAAUAGUUCUAAACUUUCCCUACUUAAUGGAACAGAAUUAUCUGGAAGAGACUCAACUUUUUUUUCUUUUGGAAAGGGUUAUAAACACAAAUGGAACUGACUCUCAAUACACAAAUAUUCAAAGUAAAAUGGGCGUCUCUCAGACUAAACGUUGUAAUACAAAAGGCGCAAAUAAGCGAGUCUAAAGCUUAGCUAAAAGUAAUGCGUGAAUGACGAUCCACUCUUUUCUUUCCAGACCUUUUGCCUAUCAGCAGCAGAGUGGCGCAGUGGAAGCGUGCUGGGCCCAUAACCCAGAGGUCCGAGGAUCAAAACCUCGCUCUGCUA